AUGCCCUGUCCAGACAUGUCUGAUCAGCAUCUUUUGUCUUUGCAAAGUCACGCGCAUAUAAGCAAACGACUCAAGGCCAAGUACGAGGAUGACCUCAAGGCUACAAUACAAGAGCUCUCUGAGCUCAAUCAAGAGACAACACAUAUCUUCGAUAUGGAGAAGGACAACAAAAAGACUAUCUGCACGAACAAGAUUAACGAACUCACGGCUAAGAUUGCUCAGCUGGACGAGCAGCUGGCAAGCCUUGACAAGCAGAUUCAGCGUUGGAAAGAAGAACAUCCACCUAGUCGGCAGUUGUCGCAGAGGGAGAGAGACGAGGAGUUUGCACGCAUACCGAAGAAUCGCGCUUUUUUGGAGAGGAUCAUGUAG